UCAAGCUUCAAAGUACCAUGACUUGCGACUUUCCGAGACUCUCCGCAUACGGUGGUCAACGUUCCACAAUUGUCUGCAUGGCACAGACGUUCGCAAGCAUGGAAACCACAGUUAGGAUACAGAUUCGGUUCUUUGGAAACUGAAACAUGAAGUUACCACUCGUCUAGAAGUACUGAUGGCCAUCAUGGUUAUUAUUGAUGAACAUCAUCCUCAUCGCUCGCCUGAACGUGAGUCCGAAGCAUGGCAGAUGCUAUGCCAUGAGACAUCAGUUCGUUCAUACUCUUCUUUCUUUUCGCUUGAAGACGAUCAUGAUGCAGAGCCAUCUCUCGAUCGACCUAUAGUGAUCGCGGGUCAUACGUGGUACCACAUCGCCUCUGUUCGAUUUCACGUUUGGGUCCGGGGGGAUGAACCGAUUAAUGUUGAUGUCGAUGACAAUGAGCUGCUAGCACGUGAUGUGCGGCUUGGGAGAUCUCCCAUCACCGGUACCAAUUAUGGUAUCAGUUGUCCCCGAGAGGCACCCAUACCCUCGAUAAUAAGAAUAAGUGACUUUACGGUCACACUGACGCUACAGCUCGAGAUCAACUAUUGUCAAAUAUUCGUUAUUGGCACUCCCAUGCACAGCGCGGAGGCAAGUCUUCACAGUAUAGUGCCUCACGUGUCAAUCAGGACAGUGGCCGAUCACGUAGAGGCAAGAUGACCUACUACCUACAGACGCAGUGACACCAAUAUUUCAUAGACAUGUGCAUAGUAGGCUUAUUAUUUCUGUAUAGAGGCAACCAUCC